UUGACGCCAAAGCUCAUCCAGCACGUCAUCUCUUCCAGUGCCUGGGAAGUGCUCAAGCUGAUUCUUGCAAUAUGUCCUCAUGGAGCAUACCGAAGCUUGUUCCGCAAGACACAGGAUAUUUACACUAUCCUCAACACAGCCUGGGAAGUAAUUCCCGGUGUCGUCUUCCUGCCGUAUCUUCUUGUUGGCGAAUUUGUGAUCAUUGCCGGCGUUUUGGUCACCCUCCCGCUGAUUUGGGGUACUAAGGCCACGAUCUCAACAUCAGUUUUCACAGCCGGCAUCUUGUCGAGAACCUGGAAGGCCUUUCUCGCGUGCGUCUUGUUUCUGAGGCGAACUCUCUUGGCUCAGAUGGUUUGGAUUCGUAUCGACGCCACCGUCGCGUUCCUUGACCCCAGCUCUGGUGGAUGUGUGUCUUCGGUCGAAACGGAGAUUCGAUACGUCUUCUCGCCGCCGUUCACACAUCUACUGCAUUUCUUCCGGAGAAUGGCCUUGGAAGACACGGGUAUCGAGAAGAAGCAGAAGAAACUGGGCCAGUGA